CAUUAACAGUACAUAUCAGGCACCCAAAAGAACAUCUUAGAUGUCGUUUUUUUGGCCCUUAAGGAUACCUUCUCAGUGUGUUGUGGUCUGUUACAGGAAUGUGUUUCUGAUCCUCAGAAUUUCAACCAUGUUGUCAAACUGCUUGCAGAAUUUCCUGAAAAUUACAAGCACUCCUCUUCGAUAUUCAAGAUUAUGGCAGCAGUUAACAAGAAGUAAAAGGAGAUUUUUUGGAACUGUGCCAACAUCUAAAUUGCAUAGGCGGGUUGUUAUUACAGGAAUUGGCUUAGUGACACCUCUUGGUGUUGGAACUCAGCUGGUAUGGGAUCGUCUUAUCCAAGGAGAGAAUGGAAUUGUUUCAGUGGUUGGUGAAGAGUAUAAGAGUAUCCCUUGCAGUGUUGCUGCUUAUGUGCCAAGAGGUUGUGAUGAAGGUCAGUUCAAUGAACAAAACUUUGUGUCCAAAUCAGAUAUCAAGUCUAUGUCUUCUCCCACCAUUAUGGCCAUUGCUGCUUCAGAAUUAGCCUUGAAAGAUUCUGGCUGGCAUCCUCAGUCCGAAGCUGAUCAGGUGGCUACAGGUGUUGCAAUUGGCAUGGGAAUGAUUCCUCUGGAAGUUGUUUCUGAAACCGCUUUGAUGUUUCAGACAAAAGGUUACAGUAAAGUUAGCCCAUUCUUUGUUCCUAAGAUUCUGGUCAAUAUGGCAGCAGGCCAGGUCAGCAUUCGAUAUAAACUCAAGGGCCCCAAUCAUGCAGUCUCCACAGCCUGUACCACAGGAGCUCAUGCUGUAGGGGACUCUUUUAGAUUUAUAGCACAUGGUGAUGCUGAUGUGAUGGUGGCUGGAGGUACAGAUUCUUGCAUUAGCCCUUUAUCUCUCGCUGGGUUUUCCAGAGCCCGGGCUCUGAGCACAAACUCAGAUCCUAAGUUGGCAUGUCGACCCUUUCAUCCAAAGAGAGAUGGUUUUGUAAUGGGAGAAGGCGCAGCUAUGCUGGUGCUGGAAGAACAUGAACAUGCUGUUCAACGAGGGGCCAGAAUCUAUGCGGAAAUUUUGGGCUAUGGACUCUCAGGUGAUGCUGGUCAUAUAACCGCCCCUGAUCCUGAAGGACAAGGUGCUUUAAGAUGUAUGGCUGCUGCUGUAAAAGAUGCAGGUGUACAACCUGAAGAGAUAUCUUACAUCAAUGCACAUGCAACUUCCACACCAUUGGGAGAUGCUGCGGAAAACAAAGCUAUCAAACGUCUCUUCAGAGACCAUGCGUAUGCUCUUGCUAUUUCUUCAACAAAGGGAGCCACAGGACAUUUGCUGGGAGCUGCCGGGGCAGUCGAGGCAGCUUUUACCACACUAGCUUGUUAUUAUCAAAAACUACCACCUACUUUAAACCUGGAUUGUACAGAACCAGAAUUUGAUCUCAAUUAUGUUCCACUAAAGGCACAGGAAUGGAAAACCGCGAAAAGAUGUAUUGGACUCACCAAUUCCUUUGGCUUUGGAGGUACUAAUGCAACACUUUGUAUUGCUGGCAUGUAGGACAAACCAUUUGUGAUUAAAUAGAUUGAUUUUUUAAAUGUU